AUGGCUCUGGAAAAUGCUUCCUUUGUCACUGAGUUCAUCUUGUUGGGAUUAACAAACCAGCCUGACCUACAAAUACCCCUGUUCCUACUCUUUCUGGUGAUGUACAUGAUAGCUACACUGGGGAACUUUACUUUGAUCAUGCUGAUUGUUCUGAAUUCUCACCUUCACACUCCCAUGUAUUUUUUCCUUCUUAACUUGUCCUGCAUAGACCUUUGUUAUUGUUCAGUCAUUACACCCAAAAUGCUGAUGAGCUUCUUACUAAAGAAGAAUGUUAUUUCUUAUGAGGGAUGCAUGACUCAGUUCUACUUCUUUGCCUUUUUUGCAAUUUCUGAAUGUUAUGUGCUGACAGCAAUGGCCUAUGAUCGCUAUGUGGCCAUUUGUAAUCCACUCUUGUACAACAUUGUCAUGUCUCCUAAGGUGUGUUCUUACCUUAUGAUUGGUACAUAUUUGAUGGGACUUUCUGGUGCCAUGAUCCACACUGGAUGUAUCCUAAGACUGACUUUCUGUGAUGGAAACACCAUCAAUCACUAUUUCUGUGACAUCCUCCCUUUGCUCCAGCUUUCCUGCACCAGUACCUAUGUUAAUGAAAUAGAGUUAUUCAUUGUAGCAGGAAAGGAUAUUAUUGUACCCACUGUGAUCAUCUUUACCUCUUAUGGCUUCAUCCUCUCCAGCAUCCUCAAAAUAAGCUCCACAGCAGGCAUGUCCAAAGCCUUCAGCACAUGCAGCUCCCACAUAAUUGCUCUUUCACUGUUCUUUGGAUCAUGUACUUUUAUGUAUCUAAAACCUUCCUCAGUUGGGUCUAUGGACCAGGGAAAAAUAUCUUCUGUCUUUUAUAACAUUGUGGUCCCCUUGAUGAAUCCAUUAAUCUAUAGCCUUAGGAACAAAGAUGUUAAAAUUGCUCUGAAAAAAACGUUAACCAAAAGUAAGUUUUAA